AAAUGACUUCUGUCCUGUUCAUCCAUCCAGGUAUCAGGUAACAUUUUAUAAAAGUAUGACAUGAGCAAGUUAAUGGCGCAGUGUAUAACUAAUGUAAACUGAGUGCAGGGACAUACACACUCCAUACUGUAGAUGUCUCCAGAGUCCACAGAGAUCACAUUUACAUGAACCAUAGAAGAAAAUAACCAGGAAAUGUUCCACUUCAGCAUGAGGAAUUACUGCUGUUCUACAGGGAGAAGUUGAUGGAGCAGCCAGUAACAAAAAGAAGCAGGAGCAUAAACUACAGAUGUGAAUCAGUCUUGGAUCUUUGCCCCUCUGUGCAGUUAAGAUGGAAAAGGUGAUCAACUGUUUCAAGAGAAGGCCGGAUGCUGUGACCCGGCUGAUAUGCUUCCCCUGGGCAGGUGGGGGGUCCAUGCACUAUGCACGCUGGGGAAACAUCCUCAACAGCUCCAUAGAAGUGUUUGCUGUCAAGCUGCCAGGCAGAGAGGGCCGAGCCAGGGAGCCGUUCUUUCAGAACAUGCAGCAGAUUGUGGACGAGGUUGUUGGUGUGUUGUUACCGGUGCUGAAAGAGAAGCCGUUUGCUCUGUUCGGCCACAGCUUUGGCGCCUUCACCAGCUUCGCCGUGGCGGACGCUCUGAAGAGACUGCACAACCUCGAACCUGUUCACAUCUUCCUGUCUGGAGCCUCUGCACCUUAUUCAGAGACGCGUAUCAACGCUCCGAAGAGAAGCGACUUAUCGGACGACGAUUUUCUCAAGUGGUUGAGUUCGAUUGGAGGAACUCCACCUGAGCUGCUGGCGAGCCCGGACGUCCUGAAGCUCUUCCUUCCUGCCCUGAAGGCCGACCUGCACGUCGUGGAGAACUACAGGUGUAACAAGCCAGACGGUGCGUUCCUCUCCUGUCCUGUCACAUGCUUCGAUGGAAAGGAUGACGUUCCUCAUGACUUACAAGCUUGGAAAAGCUUCACAUCAGGAGAUUUCACCGUCAGGAUGCUCGAUGGGUCUCAUUUUUACCUGAAGGAUUCUGGAAAUGAAAAAAUUAUUUUAGACUACGUCACAAAGCAACUGGAAACAUCAGAAAUGGACUAUUUAUAAUGAAAUAUGUGCAAUCACUGAUCGUGUCUAAUGACUUAAAUGUGUUUUUUUUACUAAUUCGUGGUGAUGCAAAUGAAUUCUGUGCACAUUUCAGAGAUUUCAUGUAACACACUGUGUGACAAAUGGAACUGAACGAGUGUCCAGUGGAUAUUAAAGAGUCAGCAGGCUCCACAGCUUGAAAAUGAGCCAUUAAUUUUUUUAUUUUAUUUACCUUACUUUUAGUUAUUAGAUACAUCUCAUAUUAAUUAACACCAGUUUGAUGAAAAUGUGCCAGAUUUAGCUAAAUUUCAUUUGCAGUCCAGUCAAAUGUGCUGAUUUUGUACAGACAAUACGCCAACAGUUAUUUACAAUAAUAUGAAAAAGAGAAAAGCAACAACAACACAAAAAUUUUCUUGAUAAAUAAAUUAAUAAAUGAUUAAUCAAUUAUCAAAGUAGUUGUGGAUUAAUGUUCCAACAGUCUACUUAGCAUUCGUGACUUAGCAUUUCACUUAAGACACAGUGCAACUGACUCUUUUUAAUUCUAAAUCCAUAAAGUUUGAAACCAGUUAGGCAAAGUGUUCUUGGUGCACAGAUUUGAGAUGCUGGAAAAGUCCACAUAAUACUAAACUUCAUUUGUGAAUAAAUAUAAUGUACGUCCGUAUCACACGUGAUGUUUUUACAUUCUUCAAGUUUAAGUUCAACCUCUCUCUUAACUCUUCCGGGACAAA